AUAAAAACAUUUUUGGUUUUGCUUGUUUAGAUUAUAAAAUAAUGUCUUACUUUAUAAAUUAAACAAAAAUGUUGAGUGUUAGUAACAUAAAAACAGUAUGACGGCUGGUAAAGUGAAGUAUUAGUAAAUAUAUUCUGUUAUAUGUGAAUUUGUAGCAGCCAAAAUGUAUUUCUACGAACGAUUUUGCUUGUGGAUAGGACACCUCAAAUUAUCUCGUGUGAUAUUUCUAGUUUCUGUAAUAUUAUUCGUCGUGCCUCUGUUCACACAUUAUUAUUUGUCUAAAUAUGAUGAAUCUGGUUCAUUGGCUAAUAAUCCAAUGCGGCACACUCUAGAAGCACUUGGUGACAUCUCAACAAUGAAUGCAGCCGAUUUGAAACUCAGAAUUGAAGAAAUGCUAAGAAUAAAGGCGUCAGUGUCUACAGAGUUACGUGAACUGGAAGCAAAGCGCGGGCGGCUACAGCGUGAGGCGGCGGCGGCCAGUGCUAAAGCCGACAGCGCUAAGGCAGAGCACGCGCGCGCCGCCGCUGAGCUACAGCGCCUCCGCGUCUCCGCCGACCAGGCGCGCAUCGCACAGCUCGAAGCCAUCCGACGAGACUCGCCCGAACUGGCGCCCCCUUUACAACUACUCCCCUCACGACCUCCACCCGUCCUACCCCCAAUAGCACAGUCCUCCGAAGUCCAUUGUCGCAUGUUUUCAUGCUUUGAUCAUUCUCGCUGCUCUUUGACAUCAGGCUUUCCUGUUUACCUCUACGAUCCUGAUAUAUACGCGCCUCUAGCCGGCGCAGAAGUAGACGGAUUCCUUAAAACAACUCUACGACAGACACUGGGAUACAAUACCCACAUAACGCGAAAUCCAAACGAAGCAUGUAUUUAUCUCGUCAUUGUUGGUGAAGCCUUCCCCUUUGAGAAAACUCCCACGCCUACAAUAGAUACGUACAAGCUAUUACUAAAUGAGACUGCUAUUAAGAGCUUGCCGUACUGGGGCGGCGACGGUCGCAACCACGUGCUGUUGAACAUGGCCCGGCGGGAGCUGGCGGUGGGCUCGGGCGACGCCUUCCGGGGAGCGUCGGUGGGACGCGCCAUGAUCGCGCAGUCCACCUUCACGCACGACCAGUUCCGGCCCGGCUUCGACAUCAUCACGCCGCCCGCGCUCGGCCCGCCCGGCGGCGACGUGUGGGCCGACUGCGCGCCCAUAGCACCCGCGCGACGGAAAUACUUGCUCAGUUUUCAGGGCUCACAACCGCCGCCGAAAGGAAUAGACAAGGACCUCGACAAAACUCUGAUUGAGGCAUUACAGAAGAUGGUGAAGUCUGCGCCGGCGUCCGACCUGUUCCACCUGCAGUUCGAGUGCGACCCGCCGGUGGAGCGUCGCGCAGUGCUGCCGAUCGGCGACUGGGCGCUGUGCGGCACGGACCGCUCGCGCCGCGCCGUGCUGCGCGACUCCACGUUCGCGCUGCUGCUGGCGCCCGCCGACCGCGCCUACGUGAGCACGGCGCUGCUGCAGGCGCGCCUGUACGAGGCGCUGCGCUCCGGCGCCAUCCCCGUGCUGCUGGGCGGCGACCGCUCGCGCCUGCCCUACGACGAGGUGCUGGACUGGCGGCGCGCGGCGCUGAGCCUGCCCCGCGCCCGCGCCCCCGAGCUGCACGUGCUGCUGCGCGCGCUGCCCGACGCCGACCUGCUGGCGCUGCGCCGCCAGGGCCGCCUGCUGUGGGAGCGCUACCUCAGCUCCGUGCAGGCCAGCGUCGACUCGCUGCUGGCGGCGCUGCGCACGCGUCUGCACAUCCCGCCGCGCCCCGUGCCGCCCACCGUGGGCCCGCCCGCCUUCAACGAAUCAUACUUCCCGCCGCGGCUCGAACCCCCCGCAGUCGAUGCCGAGCCUGAGGAGACGCUCGGACCGCUCGAGGCGCCCUAUCCGAGCCCCGCGUAUCGUCGCAACUAUUCUGUGGCUUUGUUACACGGAUACGAGUUGUGGAAUGACUGGGGCGAACCGUUCGCGUUGUACCCGCAGCUACCGUGGGACCCGGUGGUGACGUCAGAGGCCCGGUUCCUGGGGUCUGCGGCGGGGUUCCGGCCGGUGGGGGCGGGUGCAGGGGGUUCGGGCCGGGAGUUCAGCGAGGCGCUGGGCGGCGACCGCCCGCGGGAACAGUUCACUAUCGUCAUACUUACUUACGAGAGAGAGGCUGUGCUGGCCGCCGCGUUAGCCAGACUGAGGGGGUUGCCCUAUUUAAAUAAGGUGGUGGUGGUGUGGAACGGCGGGUCUGCGCCGUCGGCGGGCGCGUGGGCGGAGAGCGGGGCGCCGGUGGCGGUGGUGCGGGCGGGCCGCAACUCGCUCAACAACCGCUUCCUGCCCUACCACCUCAUCGACACCGAGGCCGUGCUGUGUGUCGACGACGACGCGCAUCUCCGACACGACGAGAUUGUCUUCGCUUUCAGGGUUUGGCGCGAACAUCGCGACCGUAUCGUCGGCUUUCCCGGUCGAUACCAUGCUUGGGAUCUCAACUUUAACAACGGAUUCCUUUACAACUCUAACUACAGCUGCGAGUUAAGCAUGGUGCUGACAGGCGCGGCGUUCGUCCACCGGUACUACUUGUGGGCAUACUGGCGCAUGCUGCCGGCCGCCAUACGGGAUUACGUCGACGAGUACAUGAACUGCGAAGAUAUAGCUAUGAACUUCCUCGUCUCGCAUAUUACUAGGAAACCGCCCGUCAAGGUGACGUCACGAUGGACUUUCCGGUGUCCCGGGUGUCCGGUGACGCUGUCGGCUGACGAGACGCACUUCCACGAAAGACAUAAAUGUAUACAGUUCUUCUCACAGGUAAUGGGCUACACGCCGCUUCUAACGACGCAGUACCGCGCGGAUUCCGUACUCUUCAAGACGCGGAUACCGCACGACAAACAGAAAUGCUUCAAGUUCAUAUAGUCACAAAUUAUCAUUCAAUUUGUUACAAAUCAUUAAGGGAUUGUAGACAAUUAUUAUUUUUUCCCCACGAGCGAACAACAGAUCUAGUCGAAAGAGGCCUGUUAAAGGUAAGUCGACGGAGAAAAAAGUUUAUAGUUGUAAAUCAAUGAGUAUUAGUUAUAGCGUCCCAAUAGGUGUUCAUUACCCAAAUAUCUCUUAGUACAAUCAAAUUUCGCCCAGUGAAAGUUUAUUUUUAGAUUAGACAAGAUUAUGUAUUUAAGUACCUAACUCAUACUCUAUUUUCGGGAGCUUACAAAGGACCAUGAGUCGAAUUGGGCUCAUUGUCUAACAGAGUUAUAGCAUAUGCCGUUGUGAAGGUUUUUGUUUGUACUGAAAUUGUUACUAUGGGCAGUACCUUCAAUUCCAUGGCAAAAA